AUGGCUCCACUCCUGCUGCUGUACCUGAGCGUUGGCUGCUCUGUGGCCCACGGACGCACGUGCAUGUCGGCCCAGUUUAAAAAGCCGGGUGAUUAUCUCCUGGGAGGCUUAUUCCCAUUUGGAAUGAACGCCGUGAACCUGAGCACACGGAUUGAGCCCAACGUGGUCGUGUGUGAAAGGUUAUAUGCUACCGGCCUGGUAUGGGCUCUCGGGAUGAAGUUUGCCAUUGAUCAGAUCAACAACUCCACGUCGCUCCUCCCGGGAAUAAAACUGGGCUAUGAAAUCUACGACAGCUGCUUGGAGCCAGUGGUGGUCAUACAGCCCAGCUUAUUAUUCCUGACCAAGGAGGGCAGCACGGGGAUCGAUGUGCUGUGCAACUACACCGACUACCAGACCCGAGUAACAGCCGUGAUUGGGCCUUACGUGUCAGACCUCGCGCUGAUUACAGCUAAGCUCUUCAGCUUCUUUCUCAUCCCACAGGUCAGCUACGGAGCCAGCAGCGAGAGACUCAGCUCAGAGGAGUAUUACCCGUCCUUUUUCCGGACAGUUCCCAGUGACAGGAACCAGUCGGAAGGCCUGGUGCAGCUGCUCGACGCGUUCGGCUGGAACUGGAUCGCUGCCCUCGGGAGUGAAAACGAAUACGGCCGGGAAGGGCUGGGUAGUUUCUCCACUUUGGCCACAGCCCAGGGCAUCUGUGUGGCCUAUGAGGCUCUGAUUCCCGCUGACCCGUCACUCCCACAAGAUCAAAAGAAAUUGGAGAAAAUCAUCAGGUACAUCAACGAGACCCAGGUGAAUGUGAUUGUCCUCUUCUCCGUGGACAGGCCGGUGCAGGCCCUGCUGAAGCAGUGGAUCCAUCACGGUUUGAGCCAGAAGGUCUGGGUGGCCACUGAAGCUUGGGUGAUGUCCGACAUGGUCACCUCCAUCCCCAACAUCCACACCAUCGGGACAGUCAUCGGCUUUACCAUCAAGGGAGGCAUCGUCCGUGGCUUUCAGGACUACGUCACCGACCUCUUCGCGUCCAUCCAGCAGGAGAGUUUCUGCCAGGCUUCCCGGGAGCACAGCCACGACGCCGACUCGGCUGUGCUCGGCCUACAGUGCGGGCAUUGCAACGACAUCUCCCUGCAGGACAUCUCGCACCUGCUGGAGGACCAGCAGAUCUACGCGGUGUACGUCGCCGUGUACAGCAUGGCCCACGCGCUGCACCAGGCGCUGGAGUGCACGGCCCAAGGAUGCUCGAAAACUCCAGUCAAAUCCUGGCAGCUGGUGGACAUAAUGGAAUCGCUCCAGUUCACCCUGGAUAACCAAACCUUUACGAUGGACCCGUUCCAUAGUGUGAACCAGGGCUACGACAUCAUGUUCUGGAGCUGGGUGAAAGGCAGACUCCAGUAUGUGGCUGUCGGAGAGUACCAGACGUCCUUAAGCAUCAACACGUCCCAGAUUCGGUUUCACAACAUGGAUAACAAGAAGCCUGUGUCCACGUGCUUUCAGCGCUGCGAACCAGGGCAGAUUAAAAGAGUGAAAGGAUUCCACCUCUGCUGUUACGACUGUAUCGACUGUGAAGAAAACACUUACCAGAGUGCCAAAGAGGCCUUGUUUUGCACUGCGUGCCCAGAGCAUCAGUGGGCGCCUGUUCGAAGCACCCAGUGUUACGACCGCAGCGAGAGGUACCUCUUCUGGGACGAGCCGCUCGUCAUCGGCUUGCUGAUCAUGAUGUUCCUCGCCAUUGUGCUGACCUGCCUGUCCACUGGGCUCUUCCUUAAGAACCUCAACACGCCCCUGGUGCAGGCGUCCGGGGGCACCCGGAGCAUCUUUGCCCUGCUCUGCCUCCUGGUGAUGUGCCUCAGCUUGUGCCUCCAUAUCGGCAAGCCCACCGCUGCCAAAUGCAUGGUCCACCAGCCCAUCUACGCCCUGUGCCUCUGCGCUUGCUUCUCCACCUUCUUCGUCAAGUCGCUGGAAAUCCUCUUGCUGACGGAGUUCAAAAGUGGCCCCCAAAGCCCCCUGCUCUGGCUGGCCCAGAAGGGGGCCUGGCUGGUUAUGGCUGUCAUCUGCCUGAUGGAAAGCAUGCUCUGCUUUUGGUACAUGUACUCGAUUCCAUCCCUCCCGCGGAGCAAUUACAAGCAGCUGGACUCCCAGGUGCUGAUCCAGUGCACCAUCCAGUCCUGGUUCGGCUUCAUUGUGAUCCACAGCUACAACGGCAGCCUGGCCUUCGUCUGUUUCCUCUGCACUUUCAUGGUGCAGACCCCUGCCAAGAAGUACAACAUUGCCCGGGGGAUAACGUUCACCAUGCUGUCCUACUUCAUCACCUGGAUCGCCUUCACCACCACCUACAGCAUGGUGCGGCCCGUGCAGCAGCCCGCCGCGCAGAUCUUCGGCGUGCUGCUGUGCGCGCUGGGGAUCCUGGCCUCCUACUACCUCCCUAAAUGUUACAUCCUCUUGUUCAAGCCCGAAUGGAACACGGUGGCCUAUUUCCAGAGUUAUGCCAAAGAGGAGCCUCAGGAGAAGGAUUCUCGCUAGCCGGACCUGUGCUAGGCGGCUGUGAGAGAGAAUCUGGGAGGACUUUCAAUAUUAGCGAGGGCGGUUUGGUUUGCAGUGAAUGCAGGCGCGGCAGUCAGAAGGCACAAAUCGCUCUAUAAAACACCCCCCCGCACCCCAUCCGGUGGAUGGAAGACCAGAACCUUUCCAGCUCAAAAGAGAAAAUCGCAGGGUUCUGAUGUUCAAACGAAAAUGUCCCCAGUGGCAAGAGCAGUGGGUCCCUGAUCUCUUCUCAGACCCACAAUAAGCAGAGAGAUUCAUUGCUCAAGUCAGUCAUCCUCAAAGCCAGCGCCACGACAGGCUCCAUUCAGCACCCUCAAAUCCGGAUGUUUCUCUGCAGCAGCUGUUCCAAUUGGAGCUGCACCUCACCAGACCCUCAAGAGACUUCCAAGAUUCCCCACUCUUGGACAGUGCAGGAGGAAAAGCUGACCUGCUUCUCGGGUGCUAUUUCUGGACAUCCAUUUCCGGUCCUGCCCAGCGUGUGGAAAGGCAGGAGGGCCCACAGUAAGAAGGGGUAGCAGAGGGUAGGGAAGGAGAGGACUUGUCCUCAUGGAAGGUGCUCAGCUCCCCUCAAGUUUCCAGUGGCUGAGCUUCAGAUUCCAACUCCAAGUUAGGGGGAUUAAUUGUUAGGGCCCGGGCAUUGCCAAGUACAUAUACACAGAGCCUUCAUUCCCGCUCUCCAAACACGCCCCACCGGCAGCACGGAUGGGGGAGAGAGACACCAAUGCAGUGCCUCUGCUGGCUGCUAGGGUAAGAUCCCAGGUAGAAUCAUAUUCAGGGCUGUGUCAAGGAUCACUGUGUCCAGUCUCAGUCACUAGUGUAAAUUCUGGUGUUUGCUUCAGUCAGAGAUGAAAGGAAGCGGGGGCGCCCUGAUGCACAGCUCCAGCAAGAGCUGCCUGAGCUCCAGCAAAAGCCAGCAGGGAGCUAUUGAAAGAACUGGCAGGGACCCGCAUUGCAAUAGCACAGGACCUGGAAGAAAUGUUCAGUUGCUUUCACCCCUGGCUUCCGUCUUCCAUCCUCCUGGAUGCCUCUUGGUAUAUGUGUUGCUCCGUUUCUAGUGCCCGAGCUUGUUAAGCAGCACAUCAG